GAGAGCGUGCGCUCGCGACUACGCGACGCGCGGCGUCGGAGGCCUGAGAAGCGCGAAGGUUGUCAGGGCAGAAACCCGCCCGGGCGCUCCGACACCCCGCCCCUGAGGCCCCACCCCGGCACGAGGAGAUGGCGGCGGCCCGCGGGCUCUGGGGUUGUGAGGACCCGAGCCGCUGGGCCGCGGUCCUGGAGCGCCACGGGGAGGUGCUGCGUGCGCGCGCGGGCCCCCAGGGGCGGCUGGAAGCCCUGGACCGAUGGUAUCGAGAGGAGUUGCCCGCGGCCAUCGAGGGCCGGGCGGAGAAGCACGUGACACGCGACGAGCUGGAGCAGCUGCUUGCGUGGAAGCUGGAGAGGGGCCGCUUCCGGCCGCGCCUGCAGCAGCUCGUGACCUCCAACUACCCGGAGCUGGUGGUGCAGCGCUCCGCCGCCGCCUUUAAUCUCCUGCCAGACAUGCACGCAGCGGUGACGGAAUUGUGCACCCUCCGGGGCGUGGGCCCGGCUACCGCCUCGGCGGUCUUGGCUGCCAGAGCUCCCGAGGUGGCAGCCUUCAUGUCUGAGGAGGCAGUGGCCGCAGUGCCCGGUCUGCCAGCCCUGCGCUACACCCUCAAGCACUACCUGCUCUACCUGGGCCUGGUGCAGGAGCGUGCCACAGCCCUGAGCCAAGGCAGUGCCUCAGGGCUGUGGACCCCUCACCAUGUGGAGACAGCACUAUGGACCUGGGCUGUAGGGCAGAAGCUGUGCCCUGACUUGCUGCCUGACCUCGGUCCCAGCCCAGCUACCCCUGAGGACACCAGGCCAGCCAAGAAGCGCAGGACCCAGGCCGACUGAGUUGGUUGUGGCCCAGAGUUUGCUCACCUAUUCUGUGAUCUCAGGCUAUAAUCUCUGGACAGGAGGCUGUCUGCUGUAUCAGCUCAAUAAAUGCUUGCUGAACUCAAA